AUGUCUGUGUUAGCAGAAAUGAGUUCCUCAGAGAUGUUAGAGAAGAAGAAACUUCAUCAGAUGGUUGAUACUAAAUCUCCCUCCACAUUUAAGCGCCUAAAAGUUGAUGCUACCCGCAAUUUCCCUGAAAAUUGUGGUUCAUUUGUUUGUCAAAACAAUGGAAGCAAAGAGAUCUACCCGGAAUUUCCAUCCAAUACCAAGCGUGUAAAAGUCAACUCUACGAGGAGUUUUCCGGAGAAUUGUGGCCCCUGUGUUCCUAAAAAGAAGAAUGGAAGUGAUACUCAAUGCUCUGUUGAUUCUGAGAUCAAAAGUUGUUCUGAAGUUGAUAUGAAUGUGGUUGAGUCAGCUGAGCCUUUAAGUGCUUUUGUGCCAGUAGAGGCUGGUGAUUCAAGUCAUCAGAAUACCUCAUGUCAACCUAUUAAUGGAAAUCAGCCUUUGAAGAUGAAAGAAGAAAAUCUUAUGUAUGAUGAAUCUACUCAACAUCGUGAAGUCCAAAAGCCGUCAACUGAUACAAGAAAUACAUGUGAUUGGUUUAUAAAAGACGAGCCUAUUGAAAAUGAACCAGAAUUGCCUGCUAUUGUUUCACAAGAAAAUCUAAUUCAAGGUCGAAAUGAACCUAGUAAGGAAACAAGCAAGAGAGUUCAUUUCGAAGAAGUUCCUGACAAUGAAUCCAGGAGUCGGGUAGACUAUGUUGAAAUUUGCAUUUUAUCCUGCUCCGAGUCGAACUCACUAAAAUCAGGUCUCAAGACCCCAAGUGCCGGUAAGAAAGGGGGCAAGGGUGAUAUCGUGCAGGAAGAAGCAGUUAGGUGUCCAGAACCCCUACACAAGUGCAAGGUUAUUUAUGAAGAUGAAUCUAUGGUCAUGAAGAAGCAAAUAGAUCUCGGAGUAUCUCAAGAAGAUUUAAGAAAUUCUGUUGUCAUGUGUGAUGUUUCAGGUAAUGGAUUGUUGACUGAACAUGAACAUAUUCAGAAAGUGAAAGAAGUUAGAGAGACUCUGAAACUUUUUGAUGACGAAUAUACUAAACUUUUGCUAGAAGAUAGAGCAGAAAAACAUGAAGGACGGUCCAAAAGAAGUAUCCAUAUAGAGGCAGCAAUGGCUUUGAAAAAACAGAAAAAGUGGGUAAAUUGUGAGUGGACUUUUGGACAUGUUCCUGGUGUGCAAAUUGGGGAUCAAUUCAGGUUCAGGGCGGAACUUGUUAUGAUCGGACUACAUCACCAAUUUAUUAAGGGUAUCAAUUAUGUGACUAUUGACAGAAAAGAUGUUGCAUCUAGCAUUGUUGAUUCUGGUCGGUAUGACAAUGAGGCCAUAUCUUCUGAAACAUUUAUUUAUGUAGGUCAAGGCGGGAAUCCAAAAGUAUCUGUUAAUGCAAGAGUGGAAGAUCAAAAGCUUGAAGGGGGUAAUCUUGCCUUGAAGAACUCCAUGGACUUGGGAUAUCCGGUGAGGGUUAUUUGUGGUCGACAAAGAGUGAAUGGUGAAAAGAGUGAUAUAAGAUACAUUUACGAUGGGCUCUACACCGUGACUAAGUGUUGGGAAGAAAGAGCCCCAACUGGAAAAUACAUUUUCAAGUUUGAAUUGAAAAGAAAUCUUGGCCAACCAAAACUUGCUUGUGAACUAAUGUCACGGCCAGCAAAGUUAGUCAAGGUAAAUCAAUUUCGUGUCAACAAGGCAAAAAAUUCUAUUUUGCAGUCGGAGUUUGUUGUGGACUAUGAUGUCUCCCAAGGAAAAGAGAAGAUACCAAUCCCUGUUGUCAAUGCAAUAGAUGAUGAGAGACCCUCACUGUUCACUUACAUUACCAACAUGCAAUAUCCAGAUUGGUACUAUAUCUCUAGGCCUCAAGGUUGCAAUUGUACAAGUGGAUGCUUGGAUUCCGAGCAAUGCUCUUGUGCUUCUAGGAAUGGAGGUGAAAUUCCAUUCAACACAAGAGGCUCUAUUGUUAGAGCACAACCUCUUGUUUAUGAGUGUGGUCCAUCUUGCAAAUGUCCCCCUUCUUGCAAAAAUAGAGUUAGCCAACAUGGUCCUCGAUACCAUUUGGAGGUUUUCAAGACCGAAUCGAGAGGAUGGGGUUUGAGGUCACGAGAUCAUGUCACAUGCGGUAGGUUUAUAUGUGAAUAUGUUGGGGAAUUGCUUGAUGAAAAGGAAGCUGAAAAUAGAAUAGGCCAUGAUGAGUACUUAUUUGAUAUUGGCAAUUAUGAUGAAGAAAUCCCCAAAAGGAAUGUUGCGCGUAAUAAUAACCUCAAAGUUGAGUCAAAUUCUUUGAUGAGGAAAGAUGAAGAUGGCCUUACCCUUGAUGCGUUAAGAUAUGGAAAUGUUGGAAGAUUUAUCAACCAUAGUUGUUCACCAAACCUUUAUGCUCAAAAUGUCAUGUAUUACCAUGGUGAUAAGAGAGUACCUCACAUAAUGUUUUUCGCUUAUGAGAGUAUUGCUCCAUUAGAGGAGCUUACUUAUCACUACAACUACCAUGUUGACCAUGUUUCUGAUAAAAAUGGCGAUAUGAAGAGAAAGAAUUGUAGAUGUGGCUCUCGGAAGUGCGAGGGGAGAAUGUACUGAAGAAC